CAACAAAACGAACAACAACAACAUGCCGUGGCCGUGGCGUUAGAACGAAUACAAGCGAUGGCUGCCGACUGCUCGGCAGAUGAUUAGCGGCAAUGCCUGCUGUGAAUUUCCACACAAUGCGGCAGAUCAGUUGGUGUUUACGUUUCACGUACGAAACGUGUGGCACGCGGCGUGACUAAAAACGCUUUCGAGCUUUCAACAAAACAUUAAAUAUUACUACAAAAUUUCUUUCGAACGGAUGUAUUUAGAGUAACUAAGCGAUUUAUCUAUUUUAUGAUAGAAGCGUUUAUUGCCAACCGUUAGUGCGCCCAUAACGGAUGUGUUUCUGUGCGGAAACGGAAGUAAUGCUGUAGCAGCGCUUAGAGAUUCCGAGUGUCGGUCGCAUAGCGUUUGCAACACACAUUCGAGCGCGCUUGGGCCAUCACAGUGUCGCGGAGUGCGCGCGUAUCAACGGCGGAAGUGUUAAACCGGUUAAGUGAAGUGUUUACUUUGAAAAUUCUGUCGAACGAAAUUCAAGGUAGAAAUGUUGCGCAUACGCCAGGUCGAGCUGCAACGCUUAGUACAACGUAUUUAAGAGGAAAAUUCGCAUUUCGACAUACAUUUGUGAACUAAAAUCACAAUAACUUCUAUUUGUGUAAUUUUUGUUUUUUUCUUGCGGCGCGUGUUCAUAUAUUGCCACAAAAUAGCAUAUUUAUGUGAAUAUAGCGUAUUAACAAAGCGUUACCACAAUUCACAGUGCAGUGCUAACACAGAUGUGUAUUUACAUACAAUAUACAAAUAAAAGGUAAACUAAUGAAUAUCUGUAUUUUUGUUUAGUGAAUACAAAGUGCAGUUGCAGCAUUGUAUUGAAUAAGGCAACAAAGUAAAUGAAGUGCUUCAACUAAAUAACGCUGGCAAUAUUUCACACACCUCAAUGAUCCUCUGAGAUUUGCAACGUUGUAAUGCUCUGAAAAAAACAUAAAUACUUAACUAUAUAUUUAUAUAUACUCGCAUGUGGCACACUCGUUGCAUUCCCUUUACUUUAGUACCAGCGGCAUUGUGUAGUGUGUAGUGGUAAUCAUUAAACAUGAGCAAAUGUGCAUCGCACAGAUGAAUUGUACUUAUUCAGAUAAUAACAAAAUAGAUAAAAAAUAAAAAUGUUUUAAACUCUACAACUAUAAAUCCUUAACGUAAACGGUGAACAUUUAAAUGCAUGCACUAAAAAUACCACUGAUGUUACUCAUACGCUCCGUCGCCCACUAGUGGAAAUUUCCCGGUCUUUAUUGCUGUGAAAGCCUGCUAAAGUAAGGUGUCAAGGCCGACUCACUUAUAAAUGUGUGUGUGCGUGGGUGCGGAACAAUAAAUCAUAGAAAAAUUCAACUUAAAGGACUGUGGAACCGAAUUCAAUUUUAUUUGCGCAAGCAAAAGGCGAAGGCAAAAAUGCAAGUGUCGAAAGGAGCAGCAAAUUUUGUCUGCCGUCGAUGAAUGGCAAAGUCAACCAGCGGAAACUGAAAUUGUGAUGCGGUAACUAACCGAAAUUACCAACAGGAAUUGCCACAACACAGACGAAACGUAUACACAAACUUUUCGGAGCAACGGAAAAGUGUGGCAAGUACACAGGCAGUCGUGCAUACAACUGCAUUCGCAUACAUUCACAUACGAGUGGUUGAAAAGUUAACGAGUUGUUUAUUGUUGUAAUAACGUAAGGGUAUGUGUGUGCAGUAAGUUGGCUUUGUAAAGUUUGCGAACAAAAUGAAAGAAAUAAAUGAGCAAACCAACAAAGCGAUGUGAGCAGUAGCAAUGCUGAGUGUUUGCGGCUUUUGUCACAUUCAAGUGUUGUGGUUGUGUCAAAUAACUCGCUGAGCGUGCAGAAGGUGCACGAUUUCUACGAAAGUGGCAGCAAGAAAUCUGUGUUGCAAGUUGUGUGACAGCCAUCAACUUAAUGAUAUGCAAUAGUUGGCAGAGUAUGACAGCAGUCAAGUCUCGCUUAAGUACGCUACCAACAAAGACACGUUAAAGCCGCAAUCUUUCGGCUAAGGCAUGUGGCAAGAACAACACAUAAUAAAAUAUACGCACAUAUUAGUAAUUGCGCUUAUAAAUUCUACUUAACCUUAUAUAAGUGGCAACUCCCCGGGCAACCGUAAAUUACGAGCGCAGGGUCACUGUGGCAUGACAUUUAAUAACGACUACGGCAACAAGGAGUCAUAAACAAAGGUGUCUUGGACUAUAACACACACACAAGCACAACAUGGAGCAUUUUAUGCGCGAAUUUGCGAUGCGCAGCAUCCUGCCACAUCUGCACAACUCCGGCGGUUCACUGCAACGGUACGUGCGCUAUGUGCUGGAGGAAGCUGUCGCUACUACGUCCAGCAACAGCAACACAGGCAGCACCAGCGGCGGUGGUGGCCACAACGACAGCCUACUCGCCGGCCUAACCACAGACAGCGCUGAGAGCGCCAAGAGCGGCAAUGAGUAUUACUUUAUUACAUCGGCAUCCACACAGCAAUUGCUCAACGACAGCGAAAGUGUGGUGGCAACGACUGCCGCAACAUCCGCUGAGCUGGUGGCACAACCGCCGCUCGCCUACAACGCAAGCAGUUAUGCCACCGAUAGCCCGCCGGCGCUGGUCUUAUCAUCGCUUACCGUCACUAUGAAGAGUAUUGCCGAUUUUACGACGACCACGACAACAGCUGCGUUGGCCGCAACGACGGCGGCCGCAGGCGAGCUGAAUGUAACCGCCGAUAUGUGUGAUGACUCUGGGGAUGUGUCGGCGCUGUCGACGGUCUACUUCAAGACCAUCGUCUAUUUGUUGUACAUUCCGAUAUUUAUAUUCGCGCUGUUGGGCAAUGGCACUGUGUGCUAUAUUGUGCAGGCGACGCCACGCAUGCGUACCGUUACCAAUUAUUUUAUAGCCAAUCUGGCGGUGGGCGAUAUAUUGAUGUCACUCUUCUGUGUGCCGUUUUCCUUUGUUUCCAUUUUCAUUUUGAAACAUUGGCCUUUCGGCACGGUGCUGUGCAAUUUGGUGAAUUACUCACAGGCGGUAUCGGUGCUGGUGAGCGCGUACACACUGGUCGCCAUUAGUAUUGAUCGUUAUUUGGCGAUUAUGCGGCCAUUGCGACCGCGCAUAACAAAAAGACUUGCGAAAUUUAUCAUAGCAAUCGUUUGGACAAUCGCCUUAGCAACGGCGCUGCCCAUACUAAUUGUCUCCAAGCUAUCACAACCGGAGAGAUGGUUCAUCGAGUGUGAGAAGUACCUUUGUCACGAGGAGUGGCCUUCCAACAUACACAACUACUAUUAUACUUUAGCGUUGCUGACCCUGCAGUUCAUCGUCCCAUUGGCGGUGCUCAUCUUCACCUACACCCGCAUCGCAUGUGCGGUCUGGGGCAAACGACCGCCUGGCGAGGCGGAGAACUCACGCGAUCAACGUAUGGCGCGCUCCAAGCGAAAGAUGAUUAAGAUGAUGGUGACGGUCGUUAUCGUAUUCACAAUGUGUUGGCUGCCUUUCAACGUGCUUGUGCUGCUACUCAACGAUGAUGCCUUUAAGGUCUGGGAGCCAUUACCGUACUUCUGGUUUGCAUUCCAUUGGCUGGCCAUGUCGCAUAGCUGCUACAAUCCGAUCAUCUACUGUUAUAUGAAUGCGCGCUUUCGCGGUGGAUUCCUACAGAUUAUUUAUCGUGUACCAGGUUUGCGACGUUGUUGUUGCCUGCGCCGUUAUUUGAAUAGUCGUGGCGAGCGUAAUUUCGAUGCUACCGGUGAGAUGACGUUCAAAUUCAAUGCUGGUAAUGGUGGAGGUCUGUUGAGGAAACCUAAAAUACGCAUUAGGCACGGACGACACAAUCCACUUGCAACGGGUAAACACAUCAACCACAUACAUCAGCACCCGGAGAAAACUCCGAACGAAUUCUAUGCAAAUGAGUCAAUUUUCAUGUGCGGAGGCCACAGUGUUGCGGUAGUGCCAGCCCCAUAGAUGUAGCCAGUCGCAUCUCACCGCACCGCCCACGGGAGCGAACCUACAGCCGCCCAUUAGCACGGCACACUUCGUGUGAGGGACAUUUUCAAUCAGAAGACACACACACACAUACGUACAAUGAUUGGCUCGGCUCAGUCGCAGAGGUGCAACAGCAGGCAGGCAGUUUGGCGGCAUAUGGAGAAUUGUAAGCCGAUUUACAAUUUAAUUUUGCAGUUCAACAACACACGUGCUUACAUAUACAUACGUACAUACACACAUAGGAGUGUGUGCUUUUUUGUAAAGGUAUUUCCUACGCACAUUAUAUUGACGUAUGUGUGUUCAUAGAUAAACGCGAAAACAGAAACACUUUUAGAUAGUAAAUAAAUAAAAAAGCAUUAAAUGCGUAAAAGCCGUUAUUUAGCGUGAAAGCAAAGCAAAAGCUUAGCCUUUAAGUUACCAGCAUUGCUAUUACUGUUAAGCAGAAAAUGAAAUUUUACCAAAGGAUAUCCCGAAGGCGUUUGUGCUUUUCGUAAACCAAAUUUGUGCGCAUUUACACACUUAUGCAUAUUUAUGUAUGUGAAGUUUGUGAAACGAUAUUAAUCUGAAUGUAAACGAGUAUGUUUGUGUGCUUGAAUAAUGCUUUAAAGCUCUCAAAUUAAAAUUUUUCAAAGGCUUACAUGGAAUUACUACAGAUGUAGCCAGUACUAUUAAGAUAAAUAUUUGCUAGUCUUAUGGAAACCAAAAAUAUUUACUU